AGGUGAGGGUUUAUGGGAUUCCCAUACACCAGGAUAGAGAUGUGUGGGAGGAUCCUGAGGACGUUAAGGAUGUUGAGUUCCUAGAUCCUGAGGACAUUAUUUUGCCAGUAGAAGAGAGCUCCCCACCCACUGUGGCAGAGGCAUUGCUGCCUCUACCUCCUGCGGUGUUAGUGUCUCCUGGUACGCCGGGGGAAGCUAAUCCUGUGUCAACCAAGCAGGAUAAUGUUGACACUCCUCAAGACCCACCCUCAUCACCAUUUUUUCCUCUAGGUCCAUAACCAGGCUCAAAUAUCUCUCUCUUUUUUUUUUUUUAACUAGGCUCUAAUCUCAUAAGGCUCCUAAGGGUGAUAUACAUAGUGUGACCCAUGAGGAGGUCCACUAUUCUCCCAAAGAACUUUUUGAGUUUUCUAACACUUAUAAGCAGAAGCCUAACAAGUAAGUAUAGGAAUGGAUUUUAAGAGUAUGGGAUAAUGGUGGGAAUAACAUGCCUCUGGAUGAGGGAGAGUUUGUUGAUAUGGGCCCAUUAAGUAGGGAUUCUGAAUGUAACGCUGCAGCUUGCAGAGUAAAGAAAGGUAUUAAUAGUCUAUUGGCUGGUUCGCAGAAGUAUGGCUUAAAAGAUGGCCCACUGGGAAUGAGCUAGAGAUGCCUGAUGUUCCAUGGUUUACUACUGAUGAAGGGAUUCACAGGCUUAGGGAAAUAGGAAUGGUAGAGUAGCUCUGUCGUGUCAAACCUAAUCCUCCACGUUGGGACGAUCCAAAAAGUAAACCCUUCACUAACACUUUGAGAAACAGAUUUGUGCGGGGAGCACCAGCAUUCCUGAAGAGCUCUGUCAUUGCUGUUCUCUGUAUGCCAAACCUUAUAGGGGUGCCGCGGUUACUCAAUUAGGAAAUUUAAGGUCAGUGGGCUUGACUGGACCCUGGAGUAGCAGAGGUCAAGUGGCAGCACUUACUCGUCAAAGGCAGGGUCCACGCACUUACUAUAAUGGACAGCAGAAGCGGAACAAUGACAAGAAUAAUCUGACACGUGCAGACCUACGGCACCAGCUGAUUAGCCACGGUGUUCCCAGACGUGAAAUACAUAGAAAGCCUACAAGAUUUGUACUAGAUUUAUACAGUUGAAAAAAUUUAAAGGCAAAAGAACAGAAACCUACUUCAAAUCGUGGUAACAGGCAACCAUGGCCCCUCAACCAGUUCCUGGAUUUGAGUCAGUUUACAGACUCCCCUUGAAUGAUGGGGAGGCCAGGUCCCCUUGGGGAAGGAUCCUGAUACCGCCAAAAUUUAUACAGUUAAGACUUUCUCCCAUCCUUCCCCAAAGGGACCUAAGGCCCUUUGCUUGAGUAACUGUACACUGGGGAAAAGGGAAUGAUCAGACAUUUCGGGGACUAGUAGACACUAGUUCUGAACUAACACUGAUUCCAGGGGAUCCAAAAUGUCAUUGUGGCCCUCCAGUAAGAGUAGGGUCCUAUGGAGGUCAGGUGAUCAAUGGAGUUUUAGCGAAAGUCUGACUCACAGUCAGUCCAAUAGGUCCUCGGAUCCAUCCUGUAGUCAUUUCCCCUGUUCCAGAAUGUAUAAUUGGGAUAGAUGUGCUUAGUACUUGGCAGAAUCCUCACACUGGUUCCCUAACCUGUAGAGUGAGGGCUAUUAUGGCUGGGAAGGCCAAAUGGAAACCAUUAGAGUUGCCUCUGCCUGGUAAAAUAGUAAACCAAAAGCAGUACUGCAUUCCUGGAGGGAUUCCAGAGAUUAGUGCCACUUUCAAGGACUUGAAGGAUGCAGGGGUGGUGGUCCCCACCACAUCUCUAUUUAAUUCUCCCAUUUGGCCCGUACAGAAGACAGAUGGGUCUUGGAGAAUGACAGUGGAUUACCGUAAACUAAAUCAAGUGGUGACUCCAAUUGCUGCGGCGGUACCAGAUGUGGUUUCCUUGCUUGAGCAGAUUAAUACAUCUCCUGGUAGUUGGUAUGCAGCUACUGACUCGGCAAAUGCCUUCUUCUCCAUACCUAUCCAUAAGGAUCAUCAGAAACAAUUUGCCUUCAGCUGGCACGGCCAGCAAUACACCUUCACUGUGUUACCUCAGGGGUAUAUUAACUUGCCAGCCCUGUGUCACAACUUAGUUUGCAGGGAUCUUGAUCGCUUUUCUCUCCCACAAUGUUAUCACACUGGUCCAUUAUAUGGAUGAUGUUAUGCUGAUUGGGCCUAGUGAGCAGAAGGUAGCAACCACUCUGGAUUUGUUAGUAAGGCAUUUGAGAGCCAGAGGAUGGGAAAUAAAUCCAACAAAAAUUCAAGGUCCUUCUACUUCAGUGAAGUUCCUAGGAGUCUAGUGGUGUGGAGCAUGUAGAGAUAUUCCUUCUAAAAGACAAGUUGUUGCAUCUGGGACCAAAAACGAGGCACAAUGCCUACUGGGCCUAUUUGGAUUUUGGAGGCAACGCAUUCCUCACUUAGGUGUUUUACUCUGGCCCAUUUACCGAGUGACUCAGAACGCUGCUAAUUUUGAGUGGGGCCCAGAACAGGAAAAGGCUCUGCAACAGGUCCAGGCUGCUGUUCAGGCUGCUCUGCCCCUAGGGCCAUAUGAUCCAGCAGACUCCAUGCUGCUUGAAGUGUCAGUGGUAGAGAGAGACGCUGUUUGGAGUCUCUG